AUGCUAGACCCACAGAACUUCUACAUAUCGGAGGGGAUGCGCACCGAACUUGACGCGCUGUACCUACGGCAUACUAACGAACCGGCCCUGCUGCCUAACGUCAUCGAACGCCUCCCCGAAAUUGUCCUUCGCUACAUUCUUGCGUUAGAGCGUCGAGUCAAUGCGAGGGCAGAGUGCGAACGCGACUUCUUCGAUAACGUGUACAGGCAACUGAAGCAGGCCAUGAUCAAUAUCCCCAGGGCCCGCGAGGUGGUGAGCUUUGUCGCAGAAAGACUACUGGACGAACCUACUGUGACGCGGUGGACGAGUGAUGGAUUGAGCUACCUUGCGUACCUGUAG